AUGAGACCCGCGGCUUGCCUUUUGUUUCUCGCUGCAUUUACGCUCGGCGCCGCAGCGGGCGUCCCGCCCGCCGUGAACAGUGGGAGCAACCAACAGACUGAGUCGUCGCGCGCGCCAUAUGGCGCGCGUGACGCCGAGCUGCUGCACAAGCGCUGGCAGGAGGAGGACAGCCAGCGGCAGUGCUUCGGAUUCUCACUGACACAGUCUAUUGCGCGGGAGGACUUUGAUUACCCGGACAUAACUACCGGCGAGCGGAAGACGGCCAAGAAGGGUGACCUCAUCAACUUGCGCUGCGACAGCGUGGUGUGCCCCAACCCUGUGGUGCCGGACUGCUACAUGGACGAGGGUGUGUGCGGCGACGACGAGUGGUGCCAGCUGGAGGAUCAGGUCCGGUUCGGGCCGUGGGCCAUGGCGGAUGGGGAGACGCCGAACCUGAACUCAGCAGAGUGCGAGCUGCUGCAGGCGCAGGGCUACUCCCUGCUGUUCGAGCAGGCGAGUUUUGAAUGGUUUUGCAAUGUCGUCUUGGGGUAUGGCCCGGCCCGUGCGCAGCGCCGGCGGCUUGCCCGAGCUGUGCGGCGCGGCGGGGCGGGGCGCCUCGGGCCGAGCCGCUUUGCACGCGCCGCGGCUGGCGCGCGCAUCGAAUGCGACGCCGCCCCCGCCGCGGGAACGCCCGCGCCACCGCAGGUCUGCCGCAACACGACGCACUGGGGGCCGUGGAAGCCGGUGCGCGGCCGCUGCUCCCAGUACCGGUCCGAGCAGCAGAGCUGCAACGCGUACUUUGCAGCCGUCACCCCGGCCUCCGCCGCCGCCGCCCGCAAGCACGGCAAGCACCAGAAGCGGCACCGCCGGGCCGGGCCCGGCGCGGGCGCCGCGAUGGGUGCGGGCCAGGGCGCCGGGGCGGGCGCCGGCGCCGCGGGGCUGGAGCGGCUGCUGCUUGAACCGCUGGAUGGGUUGUUUCACCCUGGCAAAAGCAGCGCCAUUCAGGACGAGCAGCAGCAGCAGCAGCAGCAGGAACUGGAGGCGGCCGGCGGCCGCCCCCAGUCCGAGAACGAUCUUGACUUUGACCUGGAGCAGUCCUUCGCGCUGUCGCCUCACUACGUGGUGUCGGAGGCCGACGGCCGGCCGCCCCUGCGGCCGCUGCUGUGCGCGCCGGGGCUGGUGUGCACGGGGGACGUUGACCCUAUGCCCAACACGUGCGUGAAGGUCAGGCCGCCCAACGUCUGCUAUCAG